AUGGGCAACACAGAGAAACUGCUGAAUCAGAUUAUGGACCUCAAGUUCACAUCAAAAUCGCUGCAAAGGCAAGCCCGAAAGUGCGAGAAGGAAGAGAAAUCGGAGAAACUUAAGGUAAAGAAAGCGAUCGAGAAGGGGAAUAUGGAUGGUGCUCGGAUCUACGCCGAGAACGCCAUCCGGAAGAGAACCGAGCAGAUGAACUACCUCAGGCUCGCGUCUAGACUCGACGCCGUUGUGGCUAGGCUCGAUACCCAGGCUAAAAUGACAACCAUUAACAAGUCCAUGGCCUCCAUCGUUAAAUCUCUCGAGUCUUCUCUCGCUACAGGUAAUUUGCAGAAAAUGUCAGAGACUAUGGAUCAAUUUGAAAAGCAGUUCGUAAAUAUGGAGGUCCAAGCAGAGUUCAUGGAGAAUGCAAUGGCUGGAUCUACCUCACUAUCUACACCUGAAGGUGAGGUCAAUAGCUUGAUGCAGCAAGUUGCUGAUGAUUAUUUUGGAGGUCUCUGUUGGGCUUCCUCAGCCUGCUGCACAUGCAGUGGCAACCAAGUCACAGAAAAGGUUGAUGAGGAUGAUUUGUCAAGGAGACUCGCAGAUUUAAAGGCCAGGGGAUAA